AGCGCCGAUUGGCUAGAAUCGGCUCGAAAGGCGGGCUUAGCAGGAGCGGCUGCCGCCGCCGAUUGGCUGAACGAUUUGAGCGGGAAGGGGCGGCUGAAGCGAAGCCGGAAGAGAGGCGCGUGGGCCGCGCACGCGCCGCCAUGGAAGGCCGCGACUGGGACCGGAGGGUGCUGCCCGUGUGCGCCGGGGCGGUGUUGGCUACCACGCUGGUCGCGGAGGUGCUGCUGGUGCUGCUGCGGUUCCGUCCGCCCGGACAGCCGUUCCCGUUGUGGCCCAUCGCCUCGCUGCUUUUCCUGCUGGCCAGCGCGCUGGAGAACGCUCGGCGCUUCAUCAUGGCUUCGCCCAGCACGCGCGGCGUCAUGCUGGCGGGGGCGGGGCAAGGAUGGGAUUACUGCUAUUCCUGCCAGACCCAUGUGCCGUCCCGCUGCAGCCACUGCUUUUCCUGCAACGUUUGUGUCCUGCGGCGAGAUCACCAUUGCCUGCUGCUCGGCCAGUGCGUGGGCUAUCAAAACUACCGCUACUUCCUCUGCCUGCUGCUCUACGGGUCGGUUGCCUUGCUGUACGGCAGCUUGCUCAAUGUCAACGUGGUUUGGAUGCUGCUAGAGGAAGGCGGCCUUGCCCACACCAUCCUCCUGCUGAUGCUGCCUUGGCUGAUGCUCCUGAUGGGGCAAGUCAAUUUCGUGACCUUUGCCUACGCUUUUAUGACUGAUGUCUGCGUGGUGGGAUUCUUGUUCUGCCUCAGUUUCCUGCUGUUCCACAGCUUGCUGGCCCUGCGCGGACAGACCACCAAAGAAUGGUUUGAAGGAAAUCGCCAGUACCACUUGGGUUGGCGAGAGAACCUUCGACAAGUCAUGGGAGACCGCUGGCUGCUGGCCUUCUUCACGCCUUUCGUCGGUUCCCCUUUGCCAGGAGAUGGAAUCACUUUCCAAACCAGAUCUCCGAAAACGGAAGAGCUCUCCACAUCCCGGAGUUACUAAAGGGUUUCCCCAAUUAUGAGGAAGGUUGAGCUCCUUUCAACGAUGGCUCGCUUCGUUCAAAAGCAGACGACAACUUUGGCGAAAACUCUGAAGGCUUGAUCUUACAUCGUUGAAAGCUGAAAGCAAUUUAAUCUUGGAACGGUGGUGACAGAUUACUUCCCCCACCCUCUCCCUGGAAAGGGGCUUGCCAUGUUUUUGUUUCUGUGAUCGGAAAAGAAGGAAAUUGCUCAUGUAGAGCAAGAGAAAUCGACACUUGUGCUCAGCUAAAUUGAUCUAAAUGCAAUGGUUUGAUACUGAACCAUUUUUCUCCUGGUCCAAAGUGCACUAUAUAUAUAUGUUUUCUGAGGUUUUCGUGGGUGUUUGUAUGUAGGUUUUUAGUUAUUUGGGUUUUCUCCCGCAUAAAAUUGGAAGUGUCUUGGCGACGUUUCGACGAAGUCCCAUUCGUCAUCUUCAGGCUGGUGUUUUCGGCUUUGUGCUUCUAGAAGCAUGAAGCCGAAAACACCAGCCUGAAGAUGACGCCAAGAACUUCCAAUUUUACACGGGAGAAAACCCGAAUAACCAAAGUGGUACGUAAAACACUGUCUAGAAAUGAUUCAGGGACCAAAAUCCAAGGUUAUAAUGGUUUGCAUCUCAGUUAUUUUUCUUCCCUUGCAGCAAUUGUGAGACUUUUUUUUUUUUUUUCCCUUGAGCCCUGGGAUCGUGCAAAAGUCAACAAAACGUAGGUUGUGAGAUACUAGGGUGGUGUUUCUCAAGUUUCUCAAGAAGACCGGUGGACUUCUUAACUCCCAGAAUUUCCCAGCCAGCAAGCUUUAAUAUGGGUGGACUUCAAUUCCCAAAAUUAAAUCAUGCUGGAAUUCUGGGAGAUGAAAUCCAUCCAUCUUCAAGUCACCAAGGUUAGGAGUUACUGUGACAGAUGAUAACAAUUUUUAUCUCUUGCCAUUCUGCCUAUUUCUGGCACUGUUCCAGUCACGGUAUCCACCCAAAUGUGUCUCUUCCUCCUCUUUUCAUAUCUAAAAUCUCCAUAUCCCCAUAAACCUGGUUUGCACUUUGAGAGACACACAAAGUGUGGGCGUGGGGGAAACCCAAUAUUUGCUGUAUUCUUUUUUUUUGUUUUGUUUUUGUUAAUGAAUUUAUCCGCUGUGUUCUAUGAUUGUUGGUUUUAUAUUUUUUAAACGCUUUAAUGUUUUUAUGCUGUAAGCCGCCAAGAAUUGUUGGAUAUAAGAUGGGGAGCAAAUAAAUUUCCUAAAUAAAUACGUUUAACAUUUA